AUGGACUACUGGGGCGAGAUGGGAAGUGGGCGGACGGGUGGGAGAUGUGAAUUGCGGCGGCGGCGAUGGCGACGGCCACCUCCAGCCCGCCUUUGUGAGCCAGAUUGGCUCGAUCUCGGCAACUACACACCUAAGAAUUUAGCUCGGGGUGCCCGCGCAGCCCUCCUUCGAGCCAGCUCACCCGUGGAGGUCACCGACAUUGGCGUUUCACCCGCACGUGGCAGGAGCGCCCAAACGCCAUCUUCACCACUCACCCGCAUUUGCAAUGCUGCUAUUGCGGAAGGACAGCAGCUCGACGAUUUUCCUGCAUUGCCAACACCGACCAUCCAGGAGCAGCAACACCUACCCAUCGACAUCACGGAUGCGGCCAACCAGCUUGCGGACGAACAAGUUGCCGUCUACAACGCUAAACUAAAGGUCUUCCGAACCUUCUGCGCGCACUUUAACGAGGCGGCUAAGAAAUUCCCAUCCGGCCCGGAACGCGACUUCGCCCAACACUUCUCCAGCAGCUUUCUCGGCUUUUGGAAGCAGACACUCAGCAACUCCCAAUCCGCUUCUGCGCCUACCUACAGCAGUGUAGCUGCCCACACCAGUUCUCCUCGCACUCCCACAGCCCCGACAUACGACGCGCAGGCUUUUCACGCGCACCGCCAAUCCGCACCCACACAUCGCCAAGGGCAACAACCUGCGGCUCCUGCGCCACCCCGAGACGACCUCCGGGUAUUCGUCCGCCUCGACGCCGACGCCCCGGCUAGGAACCAUAUUGGAUACGCCAUCCGCGCUCACGUUGCUAGCAAGACCGGUAUUGAACUGAAUCGAAUCCCGCAAGUAUUUCAAGUAAAGACUGGGUGGGCCAUACGUGCCACAGACAAGCUCACACGCGACCUUCUUGUAGAGCGCCAGACAGAAUGGGCUGCUGACCUCGGCGCAACAGCUGUAGAGACCAGCCAGAAAUGGCACACCUACAUUGUAGACAACUGCCCUCGUAGGCUCACCGAUCUUUAUGGGAAUGAACUGAACUACGACGCUGCUGCCCGUGACGAGAUCAACCAUCAGACGGGACUUACGCCGGUCAGCGUUCGAGUCCCCCGUCGUGAUAAUGACCAACAUCCAUACAAAACACUUGUCAUUUCCUUCUUAGAACCAACUAAAAGGCCUUGGAGCCUGUUUGGCACUAGCCGACUAGCCAGACUGAUCGAAAGAACCAACCCUCCCAAGCAGUGCGAGAACUGCUGGGACUACCACACACGACAUGCAUGCAACAGACAAACACGAUGCAAACGCUGUGGAAAGACUAACCACAACAGUGACAGCUGCACUGCCGCCGAACAAUGUGCCAACUGCCUCGGACCACAUAUUGCGGACCUCACGACAUGCCCGGCGCGGCCAAAGAGAGUUCAUGGACUGCUGCAGCGUCUCCCCAAAGAACAGCGUGCGCUGAUCAGACAAAUGGGCUCUCAACUCUUCCAGCAACACCAGGCCGCACAACGACAGCCUCCUCAGGCGACACCUAACAACCAUCCGGCACCAGAGGCCGUGGCAGAACAACAGCGUGCUCCAAUGGCGGUCAUGGAGCCGCCUCGGGAUCAUGUGAAUCCUCAAGACCUGAGUACCUUCUUCACUUGCACCCUACCGGUCCUGCCGUCUUCUUCCCCGAUGCGCCCCAUGGCCGUGGAACUCGGACCAGAAACGGCGCGGAGACGUCCUCUGCUGACAUCACCUAAGCGGCGCCUUGAGCAUAUCCGCAUCCGUUGCCUCGGUCAUGUCAUCAACCUCGCUGCUAGUGCCUUCAUUUACAGACAGAACAACGAAGCAGAUGAGCUCUCAAAACUAAACCUGCCUACACAAGGCAAGAAAAAGGAGAAGGACGAGAUCAAAUCUCCAUCAAAAUGGCGAAAACUAGGCCCAGUUGGCAAGCUCUUCAACCUUGUCAAACUCAUCCACGCUUCUAACGCAAACAUGAACUCCUUCACAAACAUCACAGGUUGCCAAAUGCCUCUUCCUAACGCGACAAGGUGGAAUAGUUGGUUCAUCAUGAUCCACAAGGCUCUCAAGCUUCGCAAAGGAAUCAUUCAGUGGUCGAGUUCCAGAAAAUCCGCGCAGGAGGAUUGCCUCACUCACGAUGAGUGGAGGGAACUCUUUAAUUACAAGAACUUCCUCCUUCCAUUUUGGCAAGCGACAAAGGCCGCCGAGGGCGACCGUGCAUCUCUUCAAUCAGUACAACUUUCCAUGGAUUACCUCGCAGACCACUACGCCAAGGCCACAGAGUUUUACAAGGACAAUGCCUCAACGAAAGCGCGCAUUCUCACCUCCCAUCUCAUCUUUGACAAAUACUACAACAUUACGGAUCGGGCACCUCUCUAUGCGGCUUCCAUCCUUCUGCACCCCAGCCUUCGUCGAUCUUACCUUGACAAACAGUGGGCAGCUCUCUCUACAAAAAAUGAAACCCCGUAUAUUGAGAAUGCAGUGAAGGCGACCACCUCACUUUGGGAGAAAUACAAGCCUCAGGACGGCGAGGCCGAGGGUAGCUCAAAGCGAGGCGAGCUAUCAAGCUUUGACGUGUUCAUGCAGAGUGUACUUCAGGAUAACUCAACAUGCGACGAGUUUGAGAGAUUCAUCAAGGGCGAUAAGUUCCCCAUCCAUCGCUCUCCACUCGAGUGGUGGCUUGAACCCACACAGGGAGACAUGUACCCAAAUCUUCAACAAUUCGCCAUUGACGUCUUCACGAUUCCCCCCAUGUCCGCAGAGCCUGAGCGACUCUUUUCAGGGGGGAGAAGGACCGUCUCAUGGACACGGUGUCGCCUCUCCGCGUUCACAAUUGAGAUGCUCGAGUGCGUCAAACAUUGGAUCAAGAACGGCCUUGACGAGCCAGUCGAGGGUGAAGAGGACGAGGAUAUCUUCGAACCGUCACCCGAGGAGCUCGCACAAGUGGAGGCGGAUUGGGAUGAGCUAAUCACUGACAAUCUCGCUGCGCAUGUUCGCAGAUUCGCCCUAGACGAAGAGCUAGAUGGCACGGUCAGCCCUGCAGAGCUCUUCGCGAUGGACGCUAUCCCGCUCGUUGGCCAAGACGAGGACAGUGACAUGUUCAAUAGCGAGAGGGAAUCGGAGGAGGUAAACGACGUGGAUGAGGAUGUGUGCGAAGAUAAAGAGGGAGAAGAGUAA